CCCUAGUCGGUACGGCGACCAUACAUAAUAAAGCUCCUUUGUGUUUCGGUAAACAAAUUCGAGCGGCUAUCUAUUCACGGCAACCUAGUUGCGCGACGCGAGUACCAACUCCUACCUGCUUCAGGUGCACGAGUUCGGCGGAGUAUAAAAGGACGACUUUGUUCCCUAUGAUCCUCUCUUUGUACGCGUACAUGAACACAUGGGCUCCUGCCUUCUUUUCUCCCCGUCUGGGCCGUCGCUUCUUGUGCGUAUUUCUUUACUCAAGAGAACAUGUACUUCGGACAACCAUUCUUGGGCAAAGAUCCCUGAGCGUCACCACCGCCUUACCGUUUAGCAGCGAGAAUAAGACAGACAUUGAAACGCCUGUUUCGUUGAAGUGCAUACAAAGGCGCCAAGUACGCGAUCACCUGGACGCAGGCUUCAUCAGUUGAGGAUUUUGAAUCCCUGGCAGCUGCGAGAGACUGAUAGAAAUCACUUCCCACACUCGGUACCUGUUGACCAGCAUUCCGUG